CAGUCCCACGUCAUUCGAGCGAGAGAGGAACGCGUGCGCUACGAAAGGCAAAGAAGGACGGAGGCGAGAGAGAGACCAGGACGAUGAGGAAGGAAGAACGGUCGCGCCGCUGCGCUGCGGGACGUUAAGUACGUCUCGUAAAAAUUCCAUCCCGCAGCGGCGUCAUUUUGCCGUGCUCGCUACGUUAGACACGAAAGGCGGAGUUCGGACUGGCUCAGCCCCUGGGUCCGCCAAAGGGGCACGUCUCUGCAACGGAGGUGGUACUUGGUACCGUGGCAGCGGCUUCGAAAUGUUCAGCCGAGUUCGAGCGAGUCCACCACCUUCUACGCGUGCGCUGAGCCGGUUGUGUGGAAAGCGCCUGCCCAACGCCGGCGCCGCGCCGGGGGAUCCCCAUCUACCGUACCAUUUCGCGUCACCGGCUUCGACUGGCCUGAGAGAGAGAGAGGAGGCAACCCGGCUGUGCCUCCUUAGCUCCGAAACUCGUUAGAAACGCCGACACGUAUUGACGUUUCGCGCGCGUAUCUCGCUCGCAGCGGGAUCAAACACGCUCGGCAUCAGGACGCGUCGCGCUGGUGCGCUGUUGUUCAGUGAGAAUAGCAAACGAGAGAAGAGGCCUGAGACCCGUCGAGCUUCUACUCCCAGGAAGAACAGGUUGUCCUGGAAAUUCGACGAGGACCGAGAUGCUUCGAAGAAGCUCGAGCACGCUAUGAAGUUCCGCUAUAAUAUUCUGGUGUUUUGUUUAGAAGCUUCAACGGUGACAGUGUGUUAGAAUGAAGAGGAAAGACUCGGGUCGAUAUCCGACUGAUCUUAAGGGAAAUGAUUCGGCGGGAGGUAUGAGACGGAUCCUCGGAUGCUGAUGAUGAAACUCGUGUGUAGGGUUCAGCGCGAUGACGGAGAAUACGAGUGCAACAUUGACGGAUCGUCGAUAGCAAGUGUCGAAGAUCUGGACAUGUUGGAGCAGUGAGUAAGGACUCGAUACGACUGUGCGACAACCUCGUGAACAGUUUUCGAAGGUAGAAAAGGUGCGCGUUGAAAUAAGAUGCAUGGUGUUUGAGAAGUUAAACCUGCCGCGACCUCGACUGACUGCUCCAAGUCAGACAGGCGAGGGUCUCGCGAGCGAUUUCGCUUCUUUCUAAGCUAGCUCUUCGCUCCGGCAUGUGUACCACGGAGAUGACGGAAUCGUACACGAUGUCGCCGUCGACGACGGUAUCUUCCAGCGCCGCGACGCCCGGUUGCAUGAGCAGCUCGCCGGCGCACCGACGGACGUCGUGCAGAAGCUCGCCAGGUCGAGGUGACGUCCAAGACGACGAGGACGAGAUCUCCGUGGGCUGUCCCAGCCCGCUACCACUGGUGGUCGUGACCCCGAACACGGAAGACGAGUUGGCUUCCUCCAGGGAGGAUUACGCCGACCGUUUGAGUCCCAGAAGAACCUACGCGCGAGAUUCGAUGACGGAGGAGGAGGAAAGAGAUUACUCGCGCAACGGGGAAUACAGGAUGUCGAACGGACGAACCGGUAGCAGGACUCGCGAGAGCGGUGAUUCGGUUACGACGCUCAGAGACGACGAGGAAGAUGACGAAGAGGAGGAGGAGGUAGACAGCAGGACCGGUAGCAACGGCGCGACAGCUGCCGGCACCACCGACGAUUAUUUCAAGCCGUUGAAACGUCUGAAGAUGGUGCAGGUGCAGCACUCGGAUGAGGAGGACGAGAGAGAACGGGAGUCCAACGAUCGCGGGGUCAAGUCCUUCAGUAUCCUGGACAUCUUAUCGCAUCGGCCAAAGGCGAAGAUCGUCCGUCCCUGGGACACGGUGGAUUCCGGCCUCAGCCAUCAGCACCGUCAUCAUCUCCAGCAACAUCACCAACACCAUCUGCACCACCACCAUCAUCAUCACAGUAGUCAUCAUCCGGGUCACGCGGCCGGACCCCGGGACCUCUCGCUGAUGGGUAUGUCACUCGCGUCCAUGUCCGGCUCCAUUAGCGAGCCGCCUCUCAGCAGCUCCUCGUCGUCCGGAAGGAGCUCCGUGUCGGAUUCCGGCAGCCCGGACCCGCUCGCCCAUCAUCACCAUCAUCACGCCGCGCUUCAUCACGCGGCCAUUCAUCCCGGUCUGCAUCACCCGGCGCUCCAGCAGCCGCAGCAGCAGCAGCAGCAGCAGCAUCAGCAGUUCAAGAGGAAAGCGUCGCAGCAACACGGCUCGCACGCCGGACAAAACGGCAAGAGGACCACAGGACAGGGCAGUCCCUUGGACGCGCUCUUCCAGAUGACUAGCAAGACCUUCGACGCGGGCGAGCACAGUCAGGAACAAGCUAAUCACUUGAACCUGUUCAACAAUCGCCAGCAACCGAAAAAGAAGCGCAAGAGUCGGACCGCGUUCACGAAUCAGCAGAUUUUCGAGCUGGAGAAGAGAUUUCUGUAUCAGAAGUACUUGAGUCCGGCCGACAGGGACGAGAUUGCCGCUCAGCUGGGUCUCAGCAAUGCCCAAGUGAUCACGUGGUUUCAAAACAGAAGAGCGAAGCUCAAGAGGGACAUGGAGGAGCUUAAAAAGGACGUGCAGACUGUGAAUCCACUUUUGGUCGCUCAACAUCACAAGACUUUCCUAGAGAAUGUGCAAGAUCUGGGAAUUCUAAAGAAACGACCAUUGCCAAAUUCCAUGGAUGAAAAAUCGUAGAGAUCGAACAGUGUAAUCGCUCUUUUUCGAUCUUCUCUGUGCAAUCGGAACUCGAUACGUCAAUUGACAACGGACAAUUAUAAUAGUGUCUCGAUCGAAAGGAAAGAUCGAACAGUGAUUCAAUGUCGUGUUGCGACGUAACUAUUCUGAAAGGCAAAUACGAAAAUUCUUUUUUUCAUGCAUCAAUUUUGUAUAGUUUUUUUAUGUGCGAUUCAAUCCGUUGACGUAAUUUAGUCCUUCCUUUAGAAAAAAAAGAACGCGAGUAAUAAUCUUACAGUAAUGAGCAUCUUCUCAAAUUUAC